GCUACCUAAUCCAUUAUUAACCUUAAACUUGAGUUCAACAUCUAGCCCCUGCUACAGGGCCAGCCACACUUCUCUUGACAAUCUGACCAAUAGCACGUUCAAGAAUGAUAGUAUGAGCUCCCCAGACACCAAGUAGGGGGGCCAAUGUAGCCUACAAAUAUUCAAGAGACGACUGGCAUAUCAUGUAAAUGUUCGUCCUUCGUAUUAUUUCCUAGACUGGAAUAGGAAUUCCAAUUUAAGCCCCGCCCUGACUGGCCUCACGGUAUGGCUGGUAGCUGUGAGACACAUGAUCCCCGGUUUUUUGGCCCAUGUCGCUCUCCUCUCGCAUCAAUCUGUCCACCUCAAGUCGCCCAUCCUUACCCCAGUACCUGGCCUUUGAACUGCCUCUUACACAGGCCUCGUCGAUGACGACAUAAGGCAUCGGAGCAUCAAACAUGGGCUCUGCAAGCACACGCUCCAUUUCCAUUUUCAGGCCUCGGGCACCAGUCUCAUUCUUUACGGCCCGCUCGGCGAUGGCGUACAACGCCCGGCCGGUGAAGAACAGGCGGCUGGGGUAGGUCUCAAAAAGCGCCUUGUAUUGCGCCACGAGGCUGUUGCGCGGCUCUGUCAGGAUCCGUAGCAGCUCGUCUAGCGAGAGAGGAGUGAGUGCGCAUAUGUUAUGGAUACGCCCAAUCAGCUCAGGAAUGAAGCCGAAUGCCUGCAGAUCGGCAGGCGUAGUCAAGUCCAGAGGUGUGAACCCGGUGGUCCCAGGCUUGACGAUGUGCGGCUGGUGAGGAAGAUGUGCAUACAUCUCUUGAGGCAAGGCAUCCCCGUUCCUAAUGGGCUCAGAGCCAAAGCCUAUGGUGGGUUUUGCCACGCGCCUCAACACAACCUUGUCCAGACCGACAAACGCGCCACAGAAAAUGAACAAUAUAUUCGUUGUGUCAAUUGUGAUCUGUUCGACUCUUGGGCCGGGCGGUGGAUUGGGUUGGGAGGUUUGGCUUCCGCCAUUGUAGUUGCUAGUGAUCGGACUCGCGGAUCUAGAGGACCUGUGAUCCUUGACGUUAACUGUAACCUUGGAGCCUUCUACCAGCUUCAAGAGUGCCUGCUGUACGCCCUCUCCUCCUACAUCCCUGCCAUUGACAGAUUCUCUUCUUGCGAGCUUGUCAAACUCAUCCAGAACUACGAUGCCGUUUUCUGCCGCAUUCACAUCGUAGUCCGCCUCGAUUAACAGUCGCUCUAUGCAGGCUUCCACGUCCUGUCCGAUGUAUCCGGCUUGUGUGAAGGAGUUGCAGUCGCUGAUCGUGAAGGGAACAUUGAGAUGUCUGCUUAGGGUUCUACGAUGUAAGUUUUCCCAACACCUGUUGGCCCUAUACACAGCAGAUUUGACUUUUGGAUUGUCACAUGUCUGCUGUCUCUCGCAUCGUCCCUAAGAAAAUCUUCCACAAAGCAGGGAUUUUGGUCUUGAAGCCCUUGGACAGACUCGUGGUGGCCCGGGAAAUCAUCUUUAAGGGUCAAAGUAUCAGCAUCUGGCUGACAUUUGAGUUCCGAUUCAGGAUGCUUCUGACCUUCAACUGGAUGCGGCUCGCGCCGGGCACGCUGGAAAUGCUGCUGGCGAAGCAACCGUUCUUCUGCGACCCUCCUCUCGUCCUCGAUAUUUUGUCUCCUUCUCUGGCCCUGAUAAUGAUUGAAUACAGCUGACGUCGUGGUCUUCUUGGCCCGCUCCUGGCCCACGACGAAUUCGUCGAGACGUCUCUUCAGGUCGCGCGGGUAGAACUGGGGUACUCCGAAGCUCGGCUUGCUGAACAUCGGGCCCCGGCCGGACUCUUCGGGAUCAUAACUACUCGUAUAGCCGGAGCCAAAAUCUUGCGUCCUUCGGCUGGCAGCGGAUGGGCGACAGGAUACUGAGAGGGAUCGGGAGCAAGUGUGGGUAACGACAUGGUUGGUAAGAAGCCUCGUGCAUGAGGAGCAAGGUCGGGUGAAGACCGACAUGAUACAGAUCUGCCGUCACCUCGGCACCGGUCGCAUGCUCGAGAUAUGUACGAUCCGGCAGUGGCCGAAUCAGGGAUGAAUGAUAUCUGUAUGCAGGGCGAUUGGAUCUCACGUACAGGGUGAAUGCAGCAUACGGCGUAGAUGGAUGUCUGGCGUCAACCGGUCUCGGACCGUACACGCCAUGAUGUAUCGAAUAGCAGCACUCAGUAAACCGCCACCAAGCGGACCAGGGUCGGAUACAGGGAUUGCCACGGCCCAGACUCUGCGGUCACCUGUAUUUGUUGCUGAUAACAUUUAGCCCCACCCCCGGCGCCGGUCUCGAGCUGCAGAAGCAACCGCCACUGAAGUAAAACGCUGUCAAAGACGGGAACACAUGGCGAAUAUACUGGCCCGAUUAUGGAUCUCUUGCGGCCUUGAUGCUCCCAAUGUUGAGGGUUGGACAGGCUCCUUUCAAAUGUUGAGCCCACAUGUCGUUGGCAAUCUGUUCUCUGGAUGUGGCCCCACCCACCAAUUAACAUCACACGACGUCAUUGUAUGUUACGUCCGGGGAGAGCUCUGAAAGUGGGAAACUUUGAGUGGCUGUUUGUAGAAAGAAAAGACCCUGAGGCAGUCGCAAAAUAACUUUUGAUCAGCCCUCAUCCCCUCCUGUUUUAAUCAACUCACAAGAGUAACUUUGUCGGGGCUGGUCGAAGCUCGAAGAACUUAUCGAAAACUCAUCUCUCUACCCGUAUGGUUUUUAUCGGAAACCGGGGUGGCAAGGAUCUUUUAUUCCACUUGCCCAGCUGUAUUUAAUCUUAACCCAAUUCAUCUUAAUCUGUCUAUCGCAAUACCUUUUCUGCAUUCUCUUCCCCAAAACUAGACAGACCAUUUCAACGCAGCAUCAACGACUUUGGACUUUGAUCUUGCAACAAUGGCUACCAAUGGAUCCAACACGAUGGUGGCCAACGGAGGUUCAGUUGAGCAUAUUGGUGCUGUCAAGCUUGACCCCUGGCUCGAGCCCUUCGAGGAGGUCAUCAAACGUCGUCAUGGCAUGGCGGAAGACUGGCUCAAGAAGAUCGAGCAGAGCGAAGGGUCGAUUGAGAAGUUUACGAGAGGCACCGAGGUGUACGGAUUCAAUGUGAAGCCAGACAACACAAUCGUGUAUCGUGAAUGGGCCCCUAACGCAACUGCUGCAUUCCUGGUUGGUGACUUCAACCAAUGGAGCCGCCAGUCGCACCCUAUGAAGAAGAAUGAUUUUGGUGUCUUCGAAAUAACGGUGCCGCCCACUGCCGCUGGUGAACCGGCGAUUCCUCACAACUCCAAGGUUAAGAUCUCUCUGUUCCUCCCGAAUGGACAACUUAUAGAUCGCCUUCCGGCGUGGAUCAAGUAUGUCACGCAGGAUCUUUCUGUAUCGCCUGCCUACGACGCCAGGUUCUGGAAUCCCCCAUCCAGUGAGAGGUAUAAAUUCAAGAACCCCCGCCCCAAGAAGCCCAGGAGUGUGCGUGUCUACGAGGCCCAUGUUGGAAUUUCCUCCCCUGAGCUCCGUGUAGCCACCUACAAGGAGUUCACCAAGAACAUGCUGCCUCGCAUCAAGAAGCUUGGAUACAACGUCAUCCAACUUAUGGCCAUUAUGGAGCACGCCUACUAUGCCAGCUUUGGCUACCAGAUCAACAACUUUUUCGCCGCAAGCAGCCGCUAUGGCACUCCGGAGGAUCUGAAGGAGCUUAUUGACACUGCUCACGGCAUGGGACUGACUGUCCUGCUCGAUGUGGUCCACAGCCACGCGUCCAAGAACGUGUUGGAUGGCAUCAACGAGUUUGACGGUACCGACCAUCAGUACUUCCAUGCAGGCGGCAAAGGCAGACAUGACCAGUGGGACAGCAGACUGUUCAACUACGGCCAUCAUGAGGUGCUUCGAUUCCUUCUCAGUAAUCUCCGAUUCUGGAUGGACGAGUAUCAGUUUGAUGGCUUCCGUUUUGACGGCGUGACAAGCAUGCUGUACAUCCAUCACGGCAUGGGGACUGGCUUCUCUGGCGGCUAUCAUGAGUACUUCGGUCCGGAUGCCGACGAAGAGGCUCUCGUGUAUCUCAUGCUUGCGAACAAGAUGCUUCAUGAUCUGUAUCCAGAGGUGAUUUCCAUUGCAGAGGAUGUCUCUGGCAUGCCAACUCUCUGCCUUCCUUGGUCAGACGGCGGAGUUGGCUUUGAUUACCGUCUGGCCAUGGCCAUCCCAGACAUGUGGAUCAAGAUUCUCAAAGAGAAAAAAGAUGAGGAUUGGGACAUAGCCGAUAUUUGCUGGACUUUGACAAACAGACGGCACGGCGAGAAGACCAUUGCGUACUGCGAGAGUCACGACCAGGCACUUGUCGGUGACAAGACUCUGAUGAUGCAUCUUUGUGACGCUGAGAUGUACACUCACAUGUCAACUUUGACACCUCUGACGCCUAUUAUCGACCGCGGUAUGGCUUUGCACAAGAUGAUUCGCCUCCUCACUCAUGGUCUUGGAGGCGAGGGUUAUCUCAACUUCGAGGGUAAUGAGUUCGGGCACCCCGAAUGGCUUGACUUCCCUCGCGAGGGCAAUCAGAACUCAUUCUGGUAUGCAAGGCGUCAACUAAACCUGACCGAGGACAAGCUUUUGAGAUAUCGAUUUCUCAACGACUUCGACGCCGCCAUGAACAACUGCGAGGAGAAACACGGCUGGCUCAGUGCUCCCCAGGCGUACAUCUCGCUCAAGAACGAGUCCGAUAUGGUAAUCGUCUUUGAACGUGCAGGUGUGGUAUUUGCUUUCAACUUCCACCCUACCCAGAGCUUUGCCGACUACAGAAUUGGAGUUGAGGUGUCUGGCACGUACAAGGUCGCUUUAACCACGGACGACAAGGAAUUCGGAGGCCAUGGUCGUGUUGACAGCUCCACUCGAUUCUUCACCACUGCGAUGGAGUGGAAUGGUCGGAAGAACUGGACUCACAUCUAUCUUCCCAGCCGUACCGCUGUUGUCCUCGAGUUGGAGUAACGGUUUCGGGUCUGUCUACUUUUGGGAGACAAAUAAGACAAAUAUCAAGUGUGGGUUUGCCAAAAAUGCCUUCUUACAGGACGUCUAGUGAGAAUUUAUUUGCACGUUACACGGUCGAAUGAAAUAAUGAGAUGAGGUAUCAGAAUUAUGGCACAGACGGACAAACGGACAGUAAUUAUUCCAGAUCACAAUGUUGAGUAAAAAAACUUGGGAGAUUUUUUAGAAAAUACUAUGGUGCUGCAAUUG